GUUGUUCUCCAUCCAUUACUUGCCUUUGUCGAUUCAUGUUCCGUGCGCAACAGCGCAUGUAUGUUCCGCAUUUCGCCUCGCUGAGAUCCUUGGGCUGUUGACGAGCGGCAAUCAUCACCCCUCGCCAUGGCAAGCCCGCCUCCAUAUGAUGAUGCAUCACCAACUAUGGCAGGGCUAGCUCAGGCUGCUACGAGCAACCCUCCCAGCUACCUGCAGGUCGCUCAGUCGAGACCUCACGAACGAUUGACGGCAAGUGAGUUGCCCUGCCUGGUCCUCGGCGAUUGCCUUAUCUACGCCGAAUCCCAGCCACAGCGUCCUCUCUACGAGCUAUCCCAACCUCCAGCCAUGUGUAGACCACAAACAGCAGCUUAUGCCGUCCAGAGAUUCAAUUAUCAGCUCUCAUCGCAUGACGGAGAGGGGAACAUCCGGAAUCGCAAGCGCCAUAUUUACGACUUCUCUCUCAGCAUCUCGCCCGACCUUGGCGAAGGUGUCUACAUCGAGGGCAAAGCCGCGCGAAAAGCACUAGUAGCCAAGGAUGCCCAUAUCGCACCAGGGCCCAUGGGCAAGUGGUCGUCUUGCAAAGUCACGUCCGACUCUCAUAUGUCGUCAAAGGGGGAUUUGGAACACUUUCGCGCAGGGCGCAGUGUCAAACAGCGAUGGCGACGGAGUGAUCAGCUCGAUUGGACGGAUACUUCUGGUAGGACUGUCGCAACAGAGACUAAGCUGACGCGGAGGGAGGAUAUGUCAGUGGACAGGCCACCACGAUUGGAGAUCAGGGUGGUUCUAGAAUCCAGAGACCUAGAUCUCCUUGUCACAGCGUGGGCAGCAAGAAUUUGGAGAGAGGCCAAAAAGGAUCUGGCUGAGCCCAUGAGCUGGGGGAAAUUCAAGCGCAUCGCAAACACCAGCGCAGGACCCAGCAGCUCAUAAUUGACGUAUGGUUUCGCUGUACGAUGAGCCGAGCUUCAUUCUUACCACAGAAAGGAAAUCUCUAUUUCAAAAGCAACUGCUCACCGAACGAUUUGGCUUUGGCACGGGCUUCGAGCAAUUGUGUAUAGGGUAGCUAUUUACUUUAGUUUCACUGUUGUUUCGCGACCGACCGGACGUGUCGUGUCAACACAAACGUAAGGUACCUGGUAAUUUGUGGUUAGCGGCCGGGCCUGACUGGGCUGGUGUGGCUCAGGCUCAAUUCAGCCACAAAGAACCCGAU